UACAGGGCGGAGUCGGAGGACUUAUAGAAUAUUGAAUAAGGAGCUAGAAGUAAUUGCUUGUACUACUACAAGCACAACUAUGUAUAGGAACUAGUACAAAUUAAAAACAUAAUUCGCACCACCAGUUCUCGUCGAGAAAGAUGGGCAAGAAACGACCAGGCCGUAACGCCAGUGUGGCCUCAUUGGAAGAUGGCGCUGCACAAGCUCAGCGCCAAGCGUCCAAUAAGAAGCGAAAAGUUUCAUCAUCGAAAGAAAACAAAGCAAAAGACUCGCAGGAGGGAACUUUGACGGAGACAAAAAAAGCACAAUCCGGCGCUGCCGCGACGACGCCUGUGAUUACUACGACUGUUGGUAACAAAAAAGUUGUAGCUCCUCCUUCUGGCCAGCAGCAUGUUGCAACAAAGAAGACGGAGAAGAAGUUGCAAGCUCGCCAACCCUCGUGCCCGAAAGAAGUGAAGACAGACAAGGAUCCAAGUGCGAUCUAUCUGGCAAAUCCAUUGAGCGCUCCGAUAGUGGCUAAAGCGAAGGAGUUCUUCGCAGGAAAAUUGGCAAAGAAGCGAGGUGACUUCAAGGUCAAUAGCGGAUCCCUUCGAGGCUGGCGGACAGUGAGCAAACUCCACGUAAGGUCUACGGCAGACAUUCGACGUAGUCCUACAACUUCGGGGAAUGCUAAAAACGAGGACGACGAGCAGGGCCAAACUUCGUCUACCGCACAGCCAAGAGGCGUGCUUUCAGUUUUCACCGUCGAUAACUCUGCUUUUUGUAACGAGGAUUACGUUGCUGGUGAAAAGAAGAACAAGAAGAAGAAGACGAAGAAGGCUUCCAGCAGUGGCGUUUCGCGGUGGUGUCUCCGUCAGGCAAAUUUGCGAGACAGACCUGAUAGCAUUGCCAGUAUUGUGGUGAAGAGAUUAAUCAGCGACAAGAAAGACAACUGUUCCAGUAAUUCGACCUCUUUCGCCCUGAAUGAACUUGCUGGUGGGUCGCCAACAACAGCUUCCUCGUCCCCCGACGAUGGCGACGUCGUCGCAACAAAGAAUAAGCGAGGCCCGAAGCUGAAACAUGUAGAUUGUCAGAUCGGUAUGUUAGAGCCGGGAACAGGAAAUGAUAUGCGUGUUAUACCCGCGAAAGGCUCCGCAGCACAUCAUCCAGUAAUCGAUCGCGCAAUCGACCUCAUCACGCGAUGCAUUAGACAGGCUGGAGUCCCUGAUUUCCAUACACAAAUGUGCGAGGGCAAUGUUCACUUUCUCAACGACGAAGGGGAGAUAGAAGAAGAUGAAGUAGAUGACAAUAAAGCGACGAAAAAUGGUGCUGAAGAUGGUGUCAUCGAGGAGAAGAAAGAUGAAGAUACCUCCAUGACUGGCACGACUAGUUCGAUGAAGACGAUGAAAACCUGCAAGAAUAGCAACAAAUCUGCAGGUCCAGGUGGAGCUUCUGUAACUAAGAUGCCUCACGAUCCCUUAUUCAGGGCAACGCAGUCAGACGCACUGCGAUACGUCUUUUUCGGUGUGGAACGCAGUACAAACCGAGCGCAGAUCUGUCUGGUUUGGAACCAUGACGACUUCGAAAAUAGCCCAAACUUGGGCGCACUAGUUCAUUGCUUGCUGCGGAGUCAGGUUAGUAACAAAACGCCAUGGCUUCAGUCCGUCUGGGUUCAUAGCAACAAACUGUCGCACCACAACAAUUGCUUUUUCGAGGAAAGCGGUCGAUGGCUGUGUGUCGUCGGCGCAAACGAAGGCGUGCGCGAAAAGGUUUUCCCUGCAGCGGCGUAUCAGUUGCAAAUAUCAUCCCCUCCAUGUGCUCUCACAAGUACAACUGAAAAAUCGGAAAAAACCGUGACAACGACUAAAAUCACUGUCACACCAGCAUCGAUUUUCUUGCCACCAAAUGUGUUUCGACAGGCGAAUAUGUCGGAAUUCGCGAAGAUCGUGCAGCGAGUAAGGGAAUGCGUGCGUCCUGGAGACCGGGUUCUAGAACUUUAUGGUGGCGUUGGUACAAUCGGCCUGCAACUGCUCGUUUCUCAAAUCGCUGAACUCGAAUGCUCCGACGCAAAUCCAUUCAAUGCGGGAUGCUUCGAGCGCUCAGUUCGGGAAUUCUUCCGACAGUUUUCGGGCUCAACACCAGGCUCAGUCACUCCAAUCAAAGAAGAGAACGUCCGAUAUGUGCCAAAAGCUGCGCGGGAAAUGGUUGACCGCAUCGAUAAAUUCAAUGUCCUGAUCGUGGACCCUCCGAGAAAAGGUUUAGACGCAGUAGUAGUCCAGGCGCUCACAUCUUCAUCAUCUUGUUCUAAACGAAGUGAUAGUGAGCCCUCAGAAAAAGCUUCUAAAAAAAUGAGCAAGACCUUUCACCUUCCAUCGCGCCUAGUUUACAUCAGUUGUGGCUUUCCGGCCUUCACCCGUGAUUGUGAUGCACUACUGGCCAGUGGACAGUGGGUUUUGGAUCGCGCAGAGGGCUUCCUCCUUUUUCCAGGUGCAGACCACCUAGAAACAUUUGCACUCUUUCGCAGACCUGAUGCAGCUGCAGUAGCUUCAACGAAUUAGCUUAAGAGUUCCGACAGCUGUAGGGCAGUUGAUGUACGGCGCGAAAAUUUUCUUUUUCUUGAUGACGAGGGACAGUCAUAGGGAAGAACACAUAAGCACAGUCUUCUUUUCAUGCUGACCCGGGUUCAUCUUGAUGCUUGACUUCGAUGCUUUUUGUGAAAAGCAUGAGCACUCCUGAGAUUUUUGUGUUCAAGAG